AUGGAGAAGGAAGACCCAGAGGAGAAAAGGCACAGACAAGCUCUGUUCUUGAUUUACAAGAUAAUGGAGCAGGCAAGCAAUGGCAAUGGCAAUGGCAAUGGCAAUGGCAAUGGCAACAGGAGGAGGCCUUCUUGUCUCAGAAUCAGAACACGAAAGCUUAAGCUAAGGAUUGGAAGGAGGUUGAAGAAGCUGAAGAAGGGCAUGUCAAUGUGUUUGUCCACAGCAAGAAUUGGGCUCUGCAACCAAUUUCAACAGCUUAGAACUUGUAAGAGCGCGCUGCGGCGACAACCCAAGGUGGAAGCUUUGCCCUUUCCUUCUUUGGUCACUUAA